GCAGAUUGUGAGUGGAGGGGUUUUCCCUGAGUGUGUAAUCCAGUCCAGUGCUUGAUGGCAGCCAGUCAAGUGUGCACUAUUGUGUGCGGCUGAAAAAAAAAAAAAGAAAGAGAGCAAAAAAAGGAGGGGGGAGAAAAGAAACUCGGUCCCUUUGUGUGGAGAGGACCCAGCAGGAAAGAGAUUUUGCAAUUACUUCAGCUUGCCGGCGAAGCAAGCUUGGUUCUUCUGAUCUGCACACAGUUGCACACUGGAGCGUCUCACGGUCUCCACGAGCGUCUGGACACUUGGAGAGCCGACAGACACGCACGGCUUCUGCCCCGAUGAUGAAAGCAGACGUCAGACUGGCCCAUGAAUAUUGAUGCGGAGGGAGUCUGCUUCAUAGACGGAACAGAAGGAAGCAAGAUGGCUGCUCUUUAGGAUCUGUUUAAGAGGAGAUCUAGACGGUUUGUUGGAAUUCUUCAAGCUGGAAGGACGCGGAGCAAGGACGCAAAGAGGGCAGCCUUGUGAAUGGACCCAGAGCAGACCAGAUGGAAACAGAAAAGACCAGCCAUGAGACGGAAAAAAGUCUGAUACUUUCACAGAUCAGUGGCCCUCAGCAGACAGACCCUCUUCUCACCAAGCACCAGAAUGGAGAUCAGUCUCAGCAGUUCAAUAUGGACACUAACUGGAGCUAUUUCAAUCCAAGCACAGUAGUCUACCCAAUGAAACGUCAACAUGAGAAUUGUUCUGGACCUGAUAGUAUGCAGGGGAUAUUUGAUCAAAGCAUGUAUGAGAUGAAUGGACAGAUGAAACAUGAUCUUAAUGAACAGACAUUUUUAGAUUUUCACCAGCCUAAAAAAUUCUGCACUGAUUCAGAGGUGAAUGGAAAUGAGGACCUGAGGCUUUGGGAUAAAAGAGAUGCAGGAAUAGAGAACCGAUUGGAUGGAUUCCCUAAGCACAAUAAGCCAGGGGAUUUUGAGAUAAAACAUAGUAAAAGAAACUGUAACUUUCCCAAUGGGGAUUUAUUCUCACUGUCAAGGAACAAGCAAGUUCCAAUGCCCAAUGGUGCUACAACAAACCCACCCUCUGUAAAAGGUACAACUGGUGACCUCUUAGAGAAAACUUUAUCUCAGUAUUACCCAGAGCAUGUGUCCAUUGCACCUCAAACCAACUCAUCUCAAGAAGAUCAGGUCACCAGCAACCUGCCUGAGCAGGAAACUCCUUCACCUUCAUUUACCUCAGGUUUUCCUAUUUCCCCCCAAACAUCUGCCUCCGAGCCACUUGCCAAGGCACCCCCUGAAGAACAAGGCACCAAUGGCUGCAACCCAGAAUUUAGAGUAAAUGGAUACUCCAGUUUUGUAGCCAAGCAAAAGGAGCCUGCUUAUCCUCUCUCUGACCUCCCAGAUAUGGGAACACAAUCUCCGGAGUCCACUGUGCAAUCACAGACAGGCAUUAAUGGUAGCUCGCAGAUUCAAAAAGAUAGUGUAGGCUUUCCGAAUGAGCGUUUAAGAAAGUCCAGCCAAGAUUUUAGUCUUGAAUCUUAUAUAUUGACCCCAAGAGCACCCUCACAAAACACUCAGACAGGUCAGCAGAACCUACAGAUUAAGGUACUACAGAAACAACCAGUUGAUGAAAGCCUUCAUGACUUUUCUUUGCCUCAGCAACAGAUUCUUGAGCCACAGAUUGAGCUUAAACCUGGUCAGGAUAAGACAACAUCAAAGAGCACAGAUCGCUCAUCCCAGAUGGAAUGGAUAGAUUUAAACUCAGCUUCAGCACCUCAGCCACCUACUGACCACCCCCAGAUGUGGGGUUUUUUCCUUCCACGGACACAGAUGCAGCAGCAUACAGUCACACAGAGCCAAAAUCACUGUAUAAAUCCUCAGUCACUGUCCUCAAACAACUUUCACUCUCAAAAUUUCAGUAAUCGCAGUUGUCCCUCGUAUGAAAAUAAGGCGAAAGACAGUUACAAAAACUCCCUACCUCCUACAAAGUUCCCCCACAACUCUGGCCAAGAAUGUCAACAGAACAAUUGUGGUAUGCAUAGUUACAUGCAAUUUAACAAACACAUGUCCCAUCAAUUAUGCAAAAAUGAUCAAGACCCGAUUCAAUCCCCGAGCUUCCUCUCUCAGCCACCACUUGCUGAGACUCACCAGCAGGCCACCAGCACAUUUCCCCUUCGGCUUCCUCAGGACAGGCGAAAUAUGCAAGCAGCUCCACAAUCACAAGAUGUUUCCAACAGCCAGGUAGAUGCACCACUCUUGAAAAGGCUUAAAACAGAGGGUUGCCCUAAUUCACAAUCCCAAAAAUUAUCUCUAGAUAUAGAAACACCAGCACAAACACUGUCUAGUCCAGCUAUAAGAGAAAACUCUACAUUUCCAGACUCAUCUAAGUCAAAUGUACAAUCCCUGUCUAAAGAAGCAGAAGCUCUAACUGAAAGGAAACUUGAGCAGAACAUACAGUACUCUCAGAACACCAGUAAACAGCAACCUCUUCAACACAGGGUACGCAACCAUUUGGAAUUCCCACAGUCUCCGAUUUCUCAAUCACAACUGUCACAAGUUUCAAAUAGUCUUCAGAUAGCUGAUCAAACAUUUACCAAAGCUGAAUUCCAAGAACCGGAAUUCCAGAGGGAGUCUCUCCCAAGCCAAGGUGCUCAAGGAGAUUUGCAGAGGCACGCAGUCUUGCGAAUGCACCUUCUGCAGAGGCAGGAGCAGCAAAGCCCCAACAACAUCAGGCCAAUGAUGCCAGCCAUAAAAAGUGAAAACUGCUCAGGUUUAGAAACCUCUGUUCAAUUCCCACCCAUAGAAGUGCAGAAGCAAGAUCAAGACAAAACCAAAGUCCUGCCAGCGGUAGUAAAGCAGGAGCAUCCUUCUCCGUCUUGUAAACAAAGCCAGCAGAGUAUUCUAGCUACCAUGGAGCAGCAGUUAAAACAGUAUCAGCUUUCAACUGUGUUUGAAAGAAAGUCUUUGGUCAUAAAGUCACCCAAUAAGGUGAAGGUGGAGAUGGCUGGGGCUGUGACUGUGCUCUCAACCAGUGCUGAGGGGAAUGUCAAGGAACAGUGCAAACCACAAAACUUCACCCCAACCAAAAAGAUUGAACCUGGGUUACAAAGCUUUCUGGAGUCACCCACGAAGCUGCUUCACACACCAAUAAAAAACUUGCUAGAUACACCUUUGAAGACACAGUACGAUAUUCCGUCUUGUCAUUGUGUUGAGCAAAUCAGUGAAAGGGAUGAAGGCCCAUAUUAUACUCACUUGGGAUCAGCACCAAAUGUUGCAGGCAUCCGCAAAAUGAUGGAGGAAAGAUCUGGACUGACUGGAAGUGCCAUUAGGAUUGAAAAAGUUGUGUAUACAGGCAAGGAAGGCAAAAGUGGGCAGGGCUGCCCCAUUGCUAAAUGGGUAAUACGGAGGGCAAAUGAAGACGAGAAACUCCUAGUCUUGGUACGAGAGCGGGCUGGUCACUCCUGUCAGGCAUCCUGUAUAGCAGUGGUCAUCCUAGUUUGGGAAGGCAUACCAAUCAACCUGGCUGACCGUCUCUACACUGAACUCAGUGACACUCUAACAAAACAUGGUGCUCUGACCAACCGAAGAUGUGCUCUAAACGAGGAGAGAACAUGUGCAUGUCAGGGUUUUGAAUCUGAUGCCUGUGGAGCUUCUUUUUCAUUUGGUUGCUCCUGGAGCAUGUACUAUAAUGGCUGCAAAUUCGCUAGGAGUAAAAUCCCUCGAAAGUUCAAACUACUUGGGGAUGAUCCCAAGGAGGUAGGAUGCUCACAUACAAACACACCACUGAGUCAACAAAGGGCAUGCAAAAUUAAAGAUAACAAGAUAAUUUUUAUUCACUUACAGGAAGAGAAACUGGAACACAAUCUACAGGGUCUUGCAACUUUCAUUUCCCCAGUGUAUAAAAAAAUGGCACCAGAUGCUUACGCAAAUCAGGUGGAGCAUGAACAUAGAGCUCCCGAUUGCCGUCUGGGUCUAAAAGAAGGACGUCCUUUUUCUGGAGUGACAGCCUGCCUAGACUUUUGUGCCCACGCCCACAGAGACCUUCAAAACAUGCACGGUGGCAGUACAGUGGUUUGCACACUAACACGAGAGGACAAUCGUGAGAUUGGGAAAAUUCCUGAGGAUGAGCAGCUACACGUGCUUCCCUUAUACAAGCCCUCAUCCACUGAUGAGUUUGGCAGUGCUGAGGCUCAGCUGGAGAAGACCAAGACUGGUGCCAUUCAGGUGCUCAGUGCAUUUCGUAGACAGGUGCGUACACUACCAGAGCCUGCCAAGUCUUGUCGGCAGAAGAAGCUGGAUGCCAAGAGAGCUGCAGCUAACAAACCAAACAACCCCAAUACAUCCAAUGCCAAAAUGGACAAUGCUCAGCAAGCAAAGCAGAAACAGGUCCCUUAUGAGAACCCAGGCCAGAACACCACUCAAACAGGCCCAGGUAACAUGAAAACAAAUCAGGACUCCGUGCAUCUCCCACACGCUCAUGCUGCCCAUCAGCCACAGCAUCAGCACCAUCAAACACAACCUAAUCCUAAUCCUUACACUGUCCCACCAUUUCCUAGAUUCUCAACUGCAUCAGGAACCUUCUCAAACACUUCUAAACCAGCAACCCCACAUUCUCAAACCACUUCUUCUGCCGGUCCUUAUCCCUCCGCUUUACAUGCACCCAACUCUUACAUUAAUGUGUCUAAUGCACCCACCCCAUAUCCCAGGUCUCUUACGCCCAACCCUCUCUACAGUGGUUACCAAUGCAAUGGAGGACUCCCCGUGGACAACUACCACCCUUACUACUCCUCCAAUCUAAAGCAUCCAAAUAUGUAUCAUCCCCAAAGAAAUUCACUGUACUCUGAGCAGCAGUACAAUGCACCUCAACAUUACGGGGUCAACUACCCACCACAUUAUGGAGAGCCUAGCUUGCCAGCCAAUGGUUAUGGCACCUGUAACAUGAAACCUGGCAUGCACUCUUUGGGACAUUACCCAGGUUAUGGUGCUAACAUGCCACCCAAUGCCUUCUCCUGGCAUCCUUCAGCCCUUCUACAAUUGGACUCUGCAGCCAUCGGUAAAAACAGCCAGUUUGAAGCUUACCCCAAACAUCAUAUGUCCCAGAAUCCUCAGAUGUUUCCCCCAAAUAUAAAUACCUUAAGUAUGCCAAGAAAUAAAGAUUUCGAGAUAAACAUGCAUGGAGUAAAUGGUAUGUCUCAGGUGUUUCCUCCAUUGGGUACUGAAUCCUUCAACCCCAACCAACCUCCAGAAUUGAGGCUUUCCAAUGACAAUGCACUUAACCCUGUAGUCAAACAGGAACCACUUACCCAGACUUCAGAGCAAAAAGAAAAGGAGGAGGUGUGGUCUGACAGCGAGCACAACUUCCUUGACCCUGAAAUUGGAGGUGUGGCAGUGGCACCUACUCACGGGUCAAUCAUUAUUGAGUGUGCUAAGCGGGAGCUCCAUGCAACUACACCUCUCAAGAAGCCUGACCGCAACCAUCCCACCCGCAUCUCCUUAGUGUUUUACCAGCACAAGAACUUGAACGAGGCAAAACAUGGACUGACUCUGUGGGAAGCAAAGAUGGCAGAGAAGGCCAGAGAGAAAGAGGAGGAUGCUGAGAAGCAUGGUGCUGAAAACCCGUCGAGCAAGAGCAGUGGAAAGAAGGUGAAACGAGAACAUUCAGAACCUUCAGAGCCUCCAUAUAAGCAGUUCCUCCUCAUGCUCACUGAGCGGUCAAUGUCCUGUACUACCAAUUCAUAUGUGAGCACAUCUCCUUAUGCCUUUACCAAGGUAACUGGGCCUUACAAUCAUUUCCUGUGAAAACCUGCGUAGGUCCAGAGCACUCACAAACACAAGAAUAAGAGGGGCAUAAGAAAAAUCAAAUGGUGCUACAAUGUAGAGUUGCAGACCUCUGUGCCACUGGCCAGAUGAUGUGUAAUGCUUGCUCAGUCUGUGUGAGGUUAUUAACAGCUACUGUAUGGAAAGGCAGAUCAUUAGUGGGUUUUUCGUGCUCUUAAGAAGUCAAACUUGACUGUUUGGUCAAUUGGAAAUAUUUAUUUAUUAUUGAAUUACUCUCUUAUGACAACACACUGUCCUUCAUCAAUGGUGCUUACAGUCCGGCAAACCUGGACAAAUCACUGGAACGAAAUAUUCAUAUUUGGUGACUUUUGUGACUAAUCACUUUUUAUGGUGCUAGGGAGUGUUGUAACUGCAAAUGUGUUUUCACAUGCCUUUCUUUAACAACACACACACACACACACACAAAACACAUUGCAUAAUAUUUGAAAGUAAUACGCAGUUAUUUUGAUUGCGCAAUUAAGAAAGCAUUUAGCUUAGUGUUUUAGAAGCACUUUUUAUAAUAGUGAGGGUAUUACUUUCCACCCUCUGAUCAGAAAGACAGUUCAUUAGACCUCAUCCAUUGUGAUUUCACGAUGUGGAAAACAAUAACUAUGAACUCCAUUAUUUAACAGCCUUUUAAAGAAUUUCUCUGGUGCCAUCACAAUUUCAGAAAUCCUUACUGUAUUGUGAGCAAUUGAGGGUCAACUUUGUAACAGUAAUGUUCUGAU